AUGAGGGAAACCUUCAUGGAUGUACUGACGCUCAUUCUUUAUGGCGUCAUGAUUUUCCCAAGCAUUGAUAACUUUGUUGAUCUCUCAGCCAUUAAUGUUUUCAUAGCAUUUAAAAUCAAUGCAGAAAAUCUAGUCACAGCAGUUUUAGCUGAUGUUUAUGGAAAUUUGAAUAUGUGUUAUGAAUCUAAGAAGAAGAAGUUGUCAUGUUGCUUGCCAGUAUUAUAUAAAUGGUUUACUUCUCAUGUCAGUCUAAAUUACAAGCCAACAACUAAAGGAGCACAAGAAUGGGCGUGUUUUUUUACUAAAUUACAUAAUGGAAUGAUAAAACGAGAGGUAUCCUGGCAGCAGAGAUCACAUAUCAUACAUUGUGGGGAGUACCCAAAUGUACCUCUUAUAGGAACCAAAUAUUGUGUUAAUUAUAAUCCGAUAUUAGCACAAAGAAAAUUUGGGUAUCCUAUACGAGGUGCACCAAAUCCAGAAUCUUUAGUUGUAGUGUGGAAUUGCUAUGAAGAAGGGACAUCUAAUGAUUUACUUCGACGAAUUAGAAGUGCUUGGGGCAGUGUGAUGCGUGCAGAAAAAGACUCUAGGCCAUGGGUAGUAAAUGAGAAGACGUCUUAUCAGCAAUGGGUAAUGGAUAGGGUUAAAGUGGUGAAACUACCAUUCAAACCAGUUACCUUCAUGCCAGAACAACAAGAUGUGGAGAGUGAAUAA